GCUCAUCAACUUCAAACGGAGCUAGCGAACUUGAAGCCGGAGAUAGAACGGUUGGAUAGUUCUGGUCAACGUUUGAUGACUCGCCUACCGGAGCAGAUUGCCACAGAUCUACGGAUUCCCCGGACAACUCAAGAAGUUCGAACCGAGCACGAGCAAUUGUGUAUGAAUCUAUCCGAUCUGAUGGAAAAAUUAGGCACCUCUUUGGGACCAAAAGUGCGAUUUGAAGAGCUUUUGGAAAGAACUAACGCAUUUCUGGAUCCACUACAAUCCACUUUGGCCAGCUCGGACGUGGAUCGAGCUCGCUUGGCCGUCGCUGGGGAUCGUCUUGAACAAGCGCGUGAGUUGUUGUCAGAAGCAAGGCAGUUGUGCGACCAAUUAUCAGCUGGCACGGACGAUCCCUCAGAACAUUUUGAUUUGGCGACCAAGUUACUGAAAACUGAACAACUCAUGGACAAAUUGGAUAUGGUUUUCGCCGCAAAGUUGCACGGGAAAGCAGAUGUGGAUUUGACCAGUCAGCUUCAAAUGGAUGAACUUUGCAAUUGGAUGACUGAGAAAGGCAAACAACUGGCGGCUGCUGAUGAAGCGAUUCGUCAACAAACCCAAAGCAUAUAUCCACUGCAUUCGGGCACGUUGGUUGACCAAAUAAAAGCCAUGGAGGCGAUCAUUGAGGAAAUUCAACAGAAGAGCAACGAUAUCAAGGAUCUUAAGAAACCAGAGGUGGAACCAGGCUUCAAGCUGGCGAUUAUUGACCCUAUGAAGACGGCUAUGGAACAGCUGCGUUUGCUUCAGCGUGCCGUUCAGGAUAAAAAGUCACAGCUUCAAGCCGCUGUUGAUCAUCCUCCAACGUCCUUGACGCGCCUAAAUCAAAUUGAGGCCUGGAUUGCUAAUCGCGAGAAUGAAAUCUCCCAACCGGUGAUCCCAAGCAGUGGUUCAUUUCUGUCUGAUCCCGGGCAGUUUGCAGUGAUUGAAGAUCGCAUGGAUGCAAUCAUGCGUGAAGUGGAUGUACAGUUAGUCGCUCUCUACCAACUGAAAGUUGACGAUACAGAUGUGGGCAACGAACGAUUGCGCGCACAACGCGCCGAAGCUUUCACACAUAGGGCCGAGUCGUUGAGCAAUCAACUACGACAUAUUCGUGAUAUGGCCCAAAACCGAAUGCAUCAAAUGCAAAAUGUUAACCGGUGUCUGGGUGCUGCCCAAGAAGCAGUUCAGGCGUAUCGAUCCGCCGCGGACGAAGCAGAAACAAAAUGGAUAAGUGUGCAACAAGACUUGUGUCGAAGUCCUGGACAAGGUUCUUCUACUUAUCCACCAUCCAUACCAUCCCAAGACGAGAUGCGCCGCUUGCAAUCCGAGUUGUUCAAUUUGCUAGACGAAUCCGUCCCUGUUGGAUCGGUGGAAGAAGCCUCAGUCUCACUUCGAAUGAUCACCUCAAUCCAACACCUUGAAGCCGCGCUCAAAGCCAUCGGGGAUGGUGAUCCACGACGUUCUGUAGGUGGAUUAUUGGCCGACGUGGUAAACACUCGGAAGCGGCUUGAGGCAAUCGUCACCUCGUUGAACAAUGAUCUCGGAUCAGCUGCAGAGACAGCCGAGUCUAAUCAGACUGUAGCUCUGAUAAAACAGCUGAACGCCAUCUCUCGUCAACUGCGCAAUGCAGAUGAGGUUUUGUCCACAUACCCCACUGCUUCCCCGGGCCUGGAUCCACAAACAUUGAGGGAACGCACACGUGGUCUCGCAGAAACAACACAAAGUCUUGCUGAAUGCAAAGAGAGCUUGGAAAAACUCCGAGCCCAAUUGCAACCUACCGUAUCGGUGUCACGUGAACCAACCACUCCGUCGGAUUGGUUGGUCAAGCUGGAUAAAUUGGAGGAAGAGACAAGAAGUUUGGAAAAUCAAGCACAAACGGUCAAUGACAAUCUGAACGUUCGACUGGCUCAGAGUGAACAGCUUGCACAUUUGCGCGAGAAUCUUUCGCACGCAGUGAAACAGGCCCGGGAUGCUUGUUUAUCUCCACCACUAAGUCCAUCACCUGGACCAGAUGGAGUUGAACCUACCCCAGUUAAUCCCGAUGAUCUUUUGCGUAAAGUCACGGAAGAUUUGCGUGUGUUACGCGAUCUCAGUCGUCAUCUAUCGGCAUCGUCCACAGACGAGGUUGGUCAGCGGCACUUGGAACUGGAAUUGAAAGCCGCAGGUGAUGCGAUUGAGGAAUUACAGAACAGCCUCCGUAUGACCACUGGAAGGCAGCGUGAUUUAUCUGCAGCGCGCUUAGAUCAGGUCGAAAAAGGUGUUCACAGGUUGAAGACAAUUUUGGAAGAGAUCGCUGAGGAUUGGCAUACCCAGUCGGAACGCGCGGCCAAAGGAGGCGAGGAUCAGGCCAGACAGCGCGAUAACUAUCGACUGAUGUACGCCCGAACUAUGACACACGCGAACAGUGUAGAACAGUUGGACGCAUUAUUACGCCUUAUGGCUGAAUCACCCGAUCACUUCGAGUCGACAGACCGUUUGAAGUCAGAGAAAAUCUCCAAAGAGCUGGACGGAUACCGGGCGAUAGUGGAUCAGCUGAAAACAGAUGCUGAUGUUCUUAUUGCUUCGAAUAAAGUAUUGGACACAGAAUCAGUUCGCGACCGAAUCAGCACAGUGUGUGAUUUGUUUGAUGAAUUGCAACAAGACGCACGUCAACGGGUUACUACCCUGCAAAUGGCGUUGCCUUUGGCUCAACGCAUGAGUACAGCGUUGCAUGCGCUGAGUAUGCGUUUACCAGCUGCCGUCACCAGACUCAAACAGGUGGAAGAAAGUGCUGAUCCAAUCCAUCUGAGACGCAUUGCAGUGGAUCAGCUCGAGAAUGAGGCUAUCAGUGUUCUGUCACCACAGGGUCAGAUCGUGCAUCAAUCCUGGGACCAGUUGAAACGAUCACCAGUUUGCCUUCGCCUGGCUCAACGCCCAAUUUUCAAAUCAACGGAUACGACCGAGCCGCAAAUGAUCAGUUUAGCCGAUCAUAUCGAGACGGAAUUAGAUACCUUUGAUUCUUUCAUGACCAAGAUAUCCGAACUAGCGAAACAAGUUCAAAGCACACGAUGCCAGUCUUUGGAACUUGUAGCCCAAUUGGAUACUGAAUCCAAAUGGUUAUCGGCAGCCUUACGUCGUUUAGAUCCAAACUCCAAUGCCUCUCCAUCUGACCUGGAUGGUGACGCUGAAGUUGAGGAGGAGCAUUUCGCUCAGCUCACAGGUUCAGAGAAUGACCUCAUUCCAGACGACUCGCAUGUGUUAGAGGAGUAUCCUUCCCUGGCUGUGCUUCCAUACAAACCAAACCAGCUGGACCAAUUGCACUAUCAUCUCGGUUGUUUCCGUCAAGCCUGGAAGAAGCGACAAGCCGAGAAAACGAACACACUUUUAUCCACCUCUCUUGGUUUGAUCCAGGCCGCUGGAUUUCGACCUGGUUCCGCUGAUGGAAAAGCACUGGUGGGAGACAAACUCAGCCGACAACUGGUUCUCUCAGUCGACGCUGUCAAUAAACGCGUCGCGCAACUGGAGACCAAUUUGGGUCAAACUGAAGCGAAACUAGAAGAAGCUGGUCCUUUGUCGAAAGCCUAUCAUGAUGACCUAGCUGAGUUGAUUAAUUGGUUGGAUGCAACCGAAAUUCAACUGGAUGAACUUGCAAGCCCGGGCAGAACCGAAACGACUACGGAUGGAAUACCGGAGCUAAAUAUGGAACGGGAAUGGUAUCAACGAACAAAAUCAUUGGUGGAAGACGUGGAUCGACACAAAGCAUUAUUGGAUCGAGUAAUACGCACCAGCGAACCACUCAUGCAAUUGAUCGCUCACAGCUUGGUCCCUACAGUACAAGCAGAAGUAAAACAGGCUAGUGACCGUUAUGUUGAACUUAGCAAAUCGGCUCGUGUGCGACUAAACCGCGUGGAAACCAGUCUGAAGCAAUCAGAUGAGAUUGCGGAACAAUUGAAUGCUAUGUCCGACUUGUUUGCCAACAUAGCAGACCAAGCAGCCCAUCUGGGUAUACCGAUCUCGGCUACUUCUUUGCAAGCCAGACCGGCACCUUCUACGGCCGAAGUGAUUGCUGGUAGCGUGGAAACUGAACAGAUUGCCGAUUCUGGAUUGCCUAGUGAGCCCGUGACGAUGGGUCGACUACGCCCAAUGACAAGUGUACUUCCAGAUCAGCUGGAAGAGCAGCUGAACGAAGCAACUGCUCUCAUCGAAACCCUGAAUCAUCGAUUACCUGAACUAGAAGCCCUCACUGCGUGCGUCCGUGCUCAGUUGCAACCAAGUUUGGUGGCUAAAAGUGCACAAAAGAAGGCUGAGGACGAUGAAGCAACCACUCCAACCGAUCCGUUUGCUGCCGAUUCCGUUUUGCGAAAUGCCGAGAAACUGCAAACAGAUUGGGUGGAACUUCGAGCCCAGUUGGCAUCACGUGUGGAGAAGCUGAACAGUGCGCAUCACACCUCAUCCAAUGAGUUUUGGCCUGUCGUAAAUGAUCUACAAGCCAGAUUGGUACAAGCAAAUGAGAUAGCUCGCAUGAUUGCGGCUGGUUGCAGUCCAACCAUUGAGCCUCCUGUCCGGCGGGAUCCAUUGGACCCGCACAGUUACAUCGAACAACGCACCGAUCUAGACAGUCUUAGCGAGCAGAUUGCGCAACUUAGUUCCAAGUUAGCGGAAUGUCGACAGAUUGGAAACCGCUUGAUAGAAUUGGUCAGUGGCUCGGCCGAUGAACCUGAAAAGGGUGGUUUUCAAUUGCGUCGGGACGAAGAGCAAGCCAUUAGGAACGAGGUGAACUACACGGUUCGUGAUCUGGAGGCACUGCAUGCUGAGGUGUCAACCAAUUUGGAAUGCGUGUCCAAACAAAUUGAUAAACAAGAAGCGGCUGCCAAGUCCUUCAAGACGGAGUUGAACGAUUUCAUGCACUGGUUAUCGACACAAGAGACGCGUUGGGAUCAGAUGGAGCCAAUCGGGAGUGACAGCAAAACUGUACUACGCCAGUUGGAUGAGGCGGCCAAAUGGAACGAGAUGUUGCUGGACAAACAUAGUGAUUUAGAGACCUUGAAUUGGGCUGCUGGACAACUGACCACACCGGAUGCUGAAGGUUUAGAUUCGGAUGCAUCGACGAGUCUGGCCACUAUGCCCAGUUCACUGCAAUCCGAUCUGGCCGGGGCGAAUCGUCGAUGGGAUCAGCUACUCGAUUCGAGCAAUCAUCGACGCCAUCGCCUGCAGACUGUGCUCUUAGGAAUGGGCGAGUUUGAGCAGGCCAUGGAUGCACUGAUAAAUUGGAUCGCGCAAACUCAAGCAAAUGUAGACCAGAUACCCAUUCGACGAGGUAAUGUGCGCGGUCUGGAAGCUGAUCUGGCUCGUGUGAAGCUUUACUUGAAAUUGAUUGGACGUUACCAGUAUAAUUUGGCCGCGUUGAAUCGUUAUUUUGAAGAAGUGAUUCACAACAACAUCAACAACCAUCAAAUGGCUGUCGUUCGUUUGCAAGAACAAGCUAAAAAACGUAUUGAAGAAGUAACUACUGCGACAGUCGAUGGUGAAUCAUCUCCGGCAUUGGCAGCCCGAACGUCGGAACGCUUGAAUCAGUUGAAUGUCAUGUGGGAUCAGCUGAAAACUGGUGCACGGAACAAGCAAAGUCAACUAGAGGAAGCUCUACGUGAGACCUUUAAUUUCCAUGCUGAAGUAGAUCGGUUAAUGCGACGAUGCAAACAAUUGGAACGUCGAAUCCCCGGACCAGGUGUGCGGAUCAUGGGGGGUCUGCCAGAUAGUGCACGCGAGCAGUUACGACGUUUUCUCGAAGUGUACGACGGUCUGGUCGAUGUCGGUGCGGAGCUUCAUGAGCUGCGUAAAAAUUCUGCGGCUCUGUUGGUCAGUGUGAGUACUACAGAUCAACCAUCUGAACAGCUGACAGGAACCUUGGACCGACUGAUCGACCAUCAUGCACAAUUGUUACGUCGGGCGACAGAAAUCAAACGUAAGCUCGAAGUUAGCUUGACUGAGGUGGAAAGAUUCCAUGCAGAAUUGGCGAAAAUGAUGCAGUGGCUAACUACCAUGGAGCGCGCAGUAACGCAACAAAAACCGGUCAGUCGCGUUGUCGCCCGACUCGGUCAGCUUAUCCUAUUACAUACUGAUCUGCGUCGCGAGAUCAACGGACAUCGAGAAGCCUUGCUCGCGCUGGACCGCAUGGGUGCCCAGGUUACGUGUAAUGCCCAGAAACAGGAUGUAGUUCUGGUCAAAAACCUUCUGGCUAGUAUUCAUACCAGAUGGGAACAACUCUUGUCACGCACGGCCGAACGAACUCGACAAUUAAAUAUCGGAUUUAAGGAGGCUCACACAUUCCUCAAUAACUGGACGGCACUAACAGAUUGGUUAAAAGAACAAUUGACCUGUUUGGAGGAAAGCAGUGCUCAUAUCGCUACACGCCCCGACAAGGUUGCGCACCAGUUGGCCCAGCAUCGAGAAUUUCAGCGCGCGUUAGGCUCACGAAACAUCGCGUUUGAUGCGAUCCGACGUUACGCACGACAUAUGCGCGAUCGUGCACCAGCGUGUGACCACGCGGAAUUGGAUGAUAUGAUCAGUGAGUUGAAGCAUCUCUGGCAUGAAGUGUGUUCUAAAGCAUUGGAUCGGCAACGGAUGUUGGAACAAGCACUCCUAUCAGCCGGUCUCUACAAAGAAGCGAUCGAGGCAUUGGGUGAUUGGUUGACUCGUGUGGAACCGCAAUUGAGUGAUCAUCAGCUGGGAAUCUACGGGGAUAUGGAAACGGUUGAGCAAUUAAUGGAUGUGCACAAGCACUUCACUGCUGAACUAAAGCAACGGGCUACAUGGAUUCACUCAGUUCGUGAAGCAGCUCAGGAGCUUAUUGCCAAGGCGGGCAAACAAACUUCUGAGGUCACCACGAUCCAGACGCAGUUGCAACAUGUAAACACUUUGUGGGAUCGAGUUCAAGAAUUGGCUAAGAAUCGGAGUGAACGGUUAGAGGAGGCACUCAAAUUGGCAGUACAAUUCCAAGAGAUGUGUCGCAGCUUGAUGGACUAUUUUGCUGGGGCUGAACAUGUCAUUCGUCGCCUGGCAGCUCUGCCCACCUACGAUGACAUAGGUGACUCGCCAUCCUCCGAGCGUAAGUCGACCAAAUCCGUCAGCAGCUCGGCUCCAGUCACCCUUACGGAUGCGAUUGAAGCACAUCAACGCACGCACUCCAAUUUGAUGGAACAAGCAGAUCGUCUGGAAGCGGCGUUGCGUCUUGGCAAUCAGUUGCUCACACAAGCUCAUCCGGAAGCUGUGCCUCGACUUCGUCAAUGGAUUCACACAAUUCAAACACGGUGGACGGAUUUGACCACUUGGUCUAGUCAACGUGGAGACCGCCUACGUCUCGCUCUAGAGGAACAGCAAAAACGACGCACCAUUCAACAGCAGCUGCUGGAGUGGCUGGCUAAUACGCAAAGCAAACUCGACCGCGAACCCGCAAUCGCUGUGGAGGAUAUUUUAGAUGGCAGUAGUGUAAUAUCAUCUGGUGUCGAUCUGGAGUCCCAAGGUCUUCGCGACGCAGACAUUUUGGCAUCCCAUACGAACGGUGAUCAUCCGAUCGCGCCAGGUGCCGCAACUUCGAGCAUUGGAGAAUCGCUCGCUCCCUCUUCUUAUCGCACUUUGUCAUUGCAUGAGAUCACCGAACCCGAGCUAAUCGAAAGGCUGCUUGCGGAACACGCUGAGUUGGAAAAGGAAUUCGAAGCUCGAAAACCGGAUUACGAUGCUGUCCUCAAACACUCCAAACGUCGUCAAGUUUCAAAGCUUCCCACACCAGUUAUUUCCGGUACUGCAGGUUCUAAUAAAGCCGGUCGUGGUGGUGCAGUUCCAUUCCGCACUGGUUUACCUCGAAGCACACCGGGACGUGGUCAAUUGCGCCCGGAAACCGCAAUAGCACAAUCAGAAAAUCCGUUUAUUUCGUCGUCUGUAAAUGAGUUGUAUGGUAGAUGGAACACGGCUGAACGUGCCCUACAAGCACGGCGAAACCGAUUACAAGAGCGUUUGGUCUAUCUGUCAGAAGUUGAAAAAAUGAAAGAUUUUGAUUUUGAAGAAUGGCGCCGACGUUACGUCGCUUGGCUGAAUGCAAACAAAGCUCGUGUGAUCGACUUAUUCCGUCGCAAAGAUCACGAUCGAGAUGGUCGCCUUACACGAGCCGAAUUCAUCGAUGGCAUUUUAGAAAUGAAAUUUCGAACUAAUCGCGUUGAACUGGAAGUGGUGGCGGACAUUUUCGAUGCAAAUCACGACGGCUACGUAGACUAUCGCGAAUGUCUGAACGCGUUGCGCGCUGGAUACGUUGCCGCCCAAGCAGCACCUCAAUUCUCCGUGUACGGCGCGCACAGUAGUUCGCUUAGUUUGAAUCAGAAUGGACCGAACGACGAUGAAGCAAUCAGUGAUGAGGUUCGACGUCAAGUGGGUCUUUGUACCUGCCACAAUACCUAUCAGAUCUGCAAAAUGACAACGAAUAAAUAUCGGUUUGGUGACUCACAAAAACUGCGUCUGGUCCGAAUCUUGCGCAGUGCUGUUAUGGUGCGCGUUGGUGGUGGAUGGAUCAGUUUGGACGAAUUCCUGUCCAAGAAUGACCCAUGCCGAGAUGCUUGUCAGCGUCUGUCAAGUAUCACUGAUCUAGCCGCUGCUGUUGGUCUGGUACCCUCUUCAAGUCGCCGCAGAAGAGGCCGUGGGGCAAGUCGUGCAGGACACCAGCAGCAGCAUCAGCACCUGCCACAACGCCAUGUAGCGUCAACCGCUGUGCUGAAUCCCCUUCGAAGUAGCGCUGAUAGCAGUAUCAGCUCGCAUCACCCUGCUCAACCCAGUGGUUUGAGUACCCGGUAUUUGCGCACCAGUGGUGGAUCUAGGCUAAAUCCCACAUUACAUCCGAUCUCCGGUCCCGGACAAGAUAACGCCUUCUACCUCGUCAUGCCAGACACAAGGGCAAACCCCACGAACCACAUUCACAUGCCCGGUGCUCAGGAUCGGACAGACCGACGUUCUUUUCCCAAGCACUAA